CAUGUCGCUUUUUGAUACUAUUCGCCGUCGAGAUAGUAGUUCACAUCAAAAGAAUCGAGUAUCAAACCAUCAACAAACAAAAUCUAUACCAACAGAAGAAGCACAUCAUACGACUAAUAAAAUGUCUUCGUUUAAAUUUUUAUCAAAAAAUUUACACAUACCACUUUUAAAUAAUAAAGCAAAGACUGCUCCAGCAAAAGAUUCUACACUUCAAAAUGCUCUUGCCGCUACAACACAAAGAAAGAAUAGUAAUAGUUUAAGUAAUGCUCGUAGACAAACUAUAGUUCACCGCACUGAUAAUGUUUGUCGACGAAACACUAUUUGGUCAGAUACUGUUGACGUUGACCUUGUCGCCAACUUAUCACCAAGAGAACUCAACCGUCAAGAAGUUCUUUUUGAAAUUAUUAAAACAGAGCAUGAAUAUGUCCGUGAUUUACGAUUGAUUGAAGAGCUCUUUAUCCAACCAAUCAAACAAAUUGAAGAAAAAAGUCGUAAACCAAUAGUUCCAUCAAAUUUAAACAAAAUAUUCAAUUCUAUUUCAUAUUUCUUAUUUAUUCAUGAAGUAAUUAGCAAUUGUUUAAAUGAACGUCAAGAAGCUCAAUCUCCUUUAGUAAGAAGUAUCUCUGAUAUUCUUUUAGCUUAUGUAUGGGUAUUCCGUGCAUAUGCACCUUAUCUUAUUCAUUAUGAAGAAGCUUUAAGAGAACUUGAUGAAUCUAUUCGAAAGAAGGAUAAAUUAGGUCGUGCUGUCAAGAAACAACAAAAAUUACCAUCUUGCAGAAAUAUGCCCUUAUCAACUUACCUUCUUAAACCUUUUCAACGUCUUCUUAAAUAUCCUCUUCUUAUUUCAAAUUUACUUAAAUGUACUGAUAAAGAAGGUUUCGAUUAUGAGAAUACUGUUGCUCUCAAGACAAAAUUAGAUGAUGUACUCUAUGACGUAGAAGAACAAAAACGGGAUCAUGAUAAUAUGCAACGUCUUAGAGAACUUGAAACUAGAAUUGAUGGCCUUGGUCCUUAUCGUUUGGCUGUAAAUAAUCGUCAACUUCUUAAAGAGAGUCCUGCUUGUCAAAAUUCUUUAUCUCUUAAGAAACAACCUUCUCUUCGCAAGACAUUAACUGUUACUUCAGCUCCUGCACCAACUUCAAAACGUCAUUCUGUACGAAAUCUUUAUACUAUUGAAUGUAAUGAUAUCGUACUUUUAGCUGAGAGAACUGGUGUUAAUAAUGAAGGUCAUCCAACUUAUAAAUUGGUCUCUCGUCCUCCACCAACUCCAUUGGAUGAUGAACCUGUUGUAGUUCAUAGAGCUGAUGAUACUGGCGUUUAUUAUGAUGAAUGA